GCUUUCCAGCAGCCCACUUCCGGCGUGCCCUCUUUUCAGCGGAAUCUAGCCUUUUCCUAGCUCUAAUGCUUCCAAGGCGCGGCGUCUGUCCGCCAUGUUUAGAAUGGGCAGCGCUGUCCCUGAGGCGCCAUCUUUGUUAGGGGGCGGAUCGACUUCCGGGCUGCCCUUUUGAACCUGAUCCUCGUGGGAGAGCUUCUCUUUUUUGGCUCAUGCUGAGAACAGUGCUCCAGAAACCUUUGCAGAUUUUCCCCCAGGCUGCAAAACAGUCUCCAGGGAUCAGAAGCCAAACGCUCAGCCAUAGAUUCAGAGCUAUGUCGGCAGGCGCCCUGACGCCUCUCAUCGCCGUCUGCCAGGUGACCAGCACCCCCGACAAAGAGCACAACUUCGCCUGCUGUUCGCAACUUGUCCGGCAGGCUGCCCAGAGAGGCGCCUGCGUCGUCUUCCUCCCAGAGGCCUUUGACUUCAUUGGCAGCAGCGUCGAGGAGACCCUGAGCCUGGCUGAGCCCUUGGAAGGGGAUCACGUCCAGCGUUACGUCAGCCUGGCCAGGGAAUGUGGGGUCUGGCUGUCGCUCGGAGGCUUCCACGAGAGGGGAAAGGACUGGGAGAGCACGCGGCGGAUCUAUAACUGCCACCUCCUCCUGGAUCCCAAAGGAGCCCUGGUGGCCGCCUACCGGAAGACCCACCUCUUUGACGUGGAGCUGGAGGGCCGCGUGUCCUUGAGGGAGAGCGCCUUCACCAACCCGGGGCCCCAGAUCGUGCCGCCGGUCGACACCCCGGCCGGAAAGGUUGGCCUCGCCGUCUGCUAUGACCUCCGCUUCCCGGAAAUCUCCCUCGCCCUGGCCCGGGACGGGGCGGAGAUCCUCACCUACCCGUCAGCCUUCACAACCACCACCGGCGCCGCCCACUGGGAGGUCCUGCUGCGGGCCCGUGCCAUUGAGACCCAGUGCUACGUGGUUGCCGCCGCCCAGACGGGCCAGCACCACGACCGCCGGACCUCCUACGGCCACGCCCUGGUGGUCGACCCCUGGGGCAGCGUCGUCGCCCAGUGCCAGGAGGGGCCGGGCCUCUGCCUUGCCCAGAUCGACCUCGCCUACCUGCGCCGCAUCCGGGAGGAGAUGCCCGUCUUUCGCCAUCGCCGGCCUGACCUCUAUGGGCAAGUGGCCGCCUUGAGGGACUUGCCGCCGGUCUGACCUGAGUGCCAGGUGCACAGGGUGCUCUCGGCAGCAGCCGGGCUGGCUUCUGCAUCGAGAACACCCACCCCACUGGGCCGCACCAAGAGAAUCAGCCUCUCCCCUGCACCGUUCCGGCGGGAUCCAACAGGACACGUGAUUUUGGGUAUGGGGGGGCCUCCUUUUGGGAUGGGUGGGAGGCAUUCCCAAGCCUCCUCCACGAGCUUGGCCUCGUGACUUCUCUCCUUGCAGCAAAAGGGCUCCCCCACCCAGGGCUGCACAACUUUGGCCCUCCAGGGAUUUUAGGACUACAACUCCCAUCAUCCCCUGCCACAGCAGCUAAUAGCAAGGGAUGGUGUGAGUUGAGUCCAGUAUCAUCAGGAGGGCCAACGUCAUGCGAUAUGUUGCCGGACAAAAUACAAAGUGCUGGUUAUUACCUUCAAAGCCCUGAACGGCUUGGGUCCGAGAUAUCUUAGAGAGCGCCUUCUUUUACAUGAUCCCCACCGCACGUUAAGGUCAUCUGGGGAGGUCCGUCUCCAGUUACCACCGGUGCGUCUGGUGGCGACUCAGAGGCGGGCCUUCUCUGUGGCUGCUCCUGGGCUGGGGAAUACACUCCCUGCAGAAAUCUGUAAUCUUAAUUCUUUGCUGUCCUUCAAGAGAGCCCUUAAAACAUAUCUGUUUGGCCUGGCCUUUCAGGGUUUCUAAUUUAGUUUUAACUGUUUUAAUCUUAACCUGGUUCUCAGGGUUUUAAUGGUUUUGAUAGUUUAAUUGUUUUUAAAGAUGUUUUUAAAUUUGAUUAUAUUUUUAUUUCUAUUUUAAUUGUUUUUAAUGAUUUCUGUUUUUUAAUUGUAAACCGCCCUGAGCCAGCUUGGAAGAGCAGUAUAAAAAUCGAAUAAAUAAAUAAAUAAAUAAAUAAAAAUAAAUAAAAUGCUGACCGGCCUUAGGCUUCCUCCUUCCCCCAAAGAUUGAUGAAACAGGCACCCUCCUUGAUUUUCGGAAUAAGAUUGACACUUCCUGGGAUAUUUUUUUGGAGGUUUGAAUCUGGAAUAGCCCUUCCCUUGAAAUAGACAUUUUUGUUCAAACGGGGGCCACCUUGUCGGUCUGUGGCCUCUUGGGCUACGAAAAGAUGGCGCCUUUCCCUACUCUCGGUUCUCCUGAGCUGUAACUGGAUGUGUUUAUCCUGCUGCCAUCUUAGUGGCUUUAUGAAAGGAAUAUACUCAUUUUUCAAUGGAUCUUGUUAGAUUGUGAUACAUAGAUCCUAGUCUGCUUAGUUUUGUGCCUUACUCCCAUAUCCCCAAAGGCCAUUGUGGCUGGGAUGAUGGGAACUGUAGUCCAACACCACCCUCCAUCGGCAAAGAAGAACGGAACAGAGUCUUACGACACCCACGGCCUCACCUUGAUGGGAAUAUGCGUUUUCGUGGGCAAAAAGCCACCGUGCCAGAUACGUGAGGUCAUCGGUGGAAAGCUCAGCUCUCUACUGGGCGCCUGGUCCUAGUGCCUGAAAGCCGUAGGUCCAGCGUUCCUUGCCAGAGGAACUCCCAGAUAUUGCCGACUACAACUCCCAUCACCCCCAGCUGCAAUGGCCUUUGGCUGGUGAAUAAUGGGAGCGGUAGUCCCCAACCAAACGCCGCCAGACCUCUCAAUACAUCCCGUACGUCUUCCGGGCAAUUGUUUUUGGGGUGUGCUUACGGUGACCAGAAGAACUACCCUUGUGGGAAAGAAAAACCAGAGACCACCUCUCUGGAGUCCCAGCAACUUCGCAAGGGUCCUAGGAAGGAUGGACCGAGACAGGGGCAUGCAGGUGAGCAACACACAGACCCGGCAGCACGGAUAAAAGGCAGAAGAUUUUCUUUGUUUUAAUUACUGUUUGGAGGAAAACAAAAGCUACACUGGGAUAUGACCAGUUAUACUGGAAGUUCCUUUCUUUUAAAAAAUACAGAAGUCAACAAUUUUUUUUUUACACAAAUCUGUGCCAGGGUUGCCUGGAAAUAACAGAGAGAGAGAGAGAGUGUGUGUGUAUGUGUAUGUGUGUGUGCACGAGGUGGGGGCGGGGGAGAGGAGAAAAGGGGUGGGGGCUGCAUCCUUUAGCCGAAAUGCCCCCCUGGCGUAGGAAAGACAGACACUUGCACAUGGAAUGGCGCAUUCCAGCCGGACCGGGCGGUGGCCACCUGGGCGCUAUCGGCUUGCUGCAGAACAGAGUGGUUUCAGCACUCCCCGGACCGUACCAAUUUCAGGCUGCAGAGGGGGUGGUUGCAUCUUGGGGUUCCUGCCACGCCCAACAGAACAGCCUGCAACACAGAAGGCUAGGCUAAAAGGGCUCUCCUUUUAACUUCGGCUUAAUUAAAAAAAAAAAAAAAGCGAGUCAGAAGUGAACUUUAAGAGUUCAUAGCAAACCAGAUAGAGAGAAGGGGGGGGGAGGCAGGACCAUAAAAUAAACACACAGAUAAAGUAUUAAGAGCUACCAGCAUCGCCAGCUUUCGACAGGCCAAUGCUUUUGUGGGAAGAGCAAGGACUUGACUAAAUCCCCCCGCAAGCUGAAAUGGUACGAUCCGACAGGGUGGGGGAAAUACCACUGGGUUCCAGGGUCCAGGCAAGACCGUUGCGGCCACCCCCCCAUUGUUUAAAUGAGAUCAGAAAUGGAAACCAGCACAAUACGUGUCAAGCAACCAACCCCCAAAAAUAAAAUUCAGAAGCAAAACCAA